GGCUUCUUACCAAUCCAUCGUUCCCCAUCCCUCUUGGUCUCUUCUUUCCUGCAUUAAACCCUCUCGAAUCCCCAUUUUUUUUCCGGUUGAUUCGUCUGCCCUAAAUCCCUAAUAUAAGAAACUAUUGCAACUUCCCCUUAACCGGUUUCGUUCGAUCCACUGCGUGUGGACUGCGUAAGCAGAAACUAAGUCGGUUUGGAUUGAAGAACGCGAAGCAAAAUGUUUGGUUCGAGUAACCCUUUUGGGCAGUCUUCCAGUAGCCCGUUUGGAUCCCAAUCAAUUUUUGGGCAGACCAGCAAUUCUAGCACCAAUCCUUUUUCUCCCAAACCCUUUGGUAGUACCACACCAUUUGGUUCACAGACAGGGAGUUCCAUAUUUGGUGGCACAUCAACUGGUGUAUUUGGAGCUACUCAAUCUUCUUCACCUCUAACUUCCACACCAACAUUUGGUGCUUCGUCGUCUCCAGCUUUUGGAAGUUCAACGCCUACAUUUGGUGCUUCAUCUUCAUUUGGUGGGUCUUCUAUAUUUGGGCAGAAGCCUGCAUUUGGAGGAUUUGGGUCAACUCCUACUCAAUCAAGUCCAUUUGGAAGUACAUUUCAACAAACACAACCAGCUUUUGGGAGCAGUUUAUUUGGUUCCUCUUCACCUUUUGGUGCAUCAAGUCAACCUGCCUUUGGUGCUACAAGCAACCCUGCCUUUGGUGCUACAAGUAGCCCUGCCUUUGGUGCCACAAGUACCCCAGCUUUUGGAAGUACAACAACUACAACAUUUGGUAGUACAGGCACAGCAUUUGGUUCUGGUGGAGCAUUUGGGACUUCGAGCACCCCUGCAUUUGGGACUUCUAGCACCCCUGCAUUUGGUGCUUCAAGUUCUCCUGCUUUUGGUGCAUCAAGUACUCCUUCCUUUAGUUUUGGUUCAAGUCCAGCCUUUGGCCAAUCAGCUUCUGCUUUUGGUAGCAGUCCAUUUGGGACGACUGCAUCUCCUUUUGGAGCUCAGAGUUCUCCUUUUGGAGCCCAGACAACGACACCAACAUUUGGAGGCACCACAUUUGGACAAUCAGCUUUUGGAGCUCAACGUGGGGGAAGUAGAGCUACACCUUACACCCCGACAGCUGAGGUGGAUGGCGGCACCGGUACUCAGCCUGCUGGAAAGCUGGAGUCAAUAUCUGCUAUGCCUUCCUACAAGGAUAAAAGCCAUGAAGAAUUGAGGUGGGAGGAUUAUCAGUUGGGGGAUAAAGGUGGUCCAAAUCCUGCUACUCAGCCUACCAGUGCAAUUGGUUUUGGUUCCCCUACUUCGCAGCCAAGUCCUUUUGGUGCUUCACCCACAUUUGGACAGUCUUCUUCAAAUCCUUUUUCCACCUCAACAUCUUCUAACCCAUUUGCUCCAAAAACAGGUUUUGGUACCUCAUCUACUCCAGCAUUCAGCUCUUCACCCUUUGGCUCAUCAUCAACAGUAAACCCAUUUGGGACAACUUCAUCAUCUACACCAUCUUUAUUUGGAGCACCCUCAACCCCUACAUUUGGAACUAGUUCAUCCCCAUCACUAUUUGGUUCAUCAACAACAUCUGCAUUUGGGUCAUCACCCUCAAUUUUUGGGUCUGCUUCUGUUCCAGGAACAACUUCAACAUUUGGUUCUGGCUUGACUUUUGGUAAUACCCAGCCAUCUUCAUUGUUCCAGUCUACCACGCCUCCAAUUGGGCAGACAAGUUCUACAUUUGGACAGACUACUACUUUUGGACAGAGUACAACUCCUUCCUUCAGUCAGCCAAGCAUAUUCAGCACACCAUCAACUGGUUUUGGAGGGAGCUUGUUCUCAAGCACCCCAUCAAUGCCUUCUACAAGCACUCCAUUGGGUUUUGGUCAAACAACUCCUCUUCUUUCUACUCCUUUUCAGUCAGCACAACCUGCCCAGACAACAGGGGCAUUUUCCUUUGGAAGCUUUGGGCAGACACAAACAGCAGCUUCAAGUGGCUUUGGUGGUGCAUCAAGCAUUUUUGGUCAGGGUACCUUUGGGCAAUCGUCUGCAACUCAGAGCACUGCUGCUGUGCAACCAGCACCUGUUUCCAAUCCGUUUGGAACUCUACCUGCAAUGCCUCAAGUAUCUAUUGGUUGCUCUGGCUCUGCACCCUCAAUUCAAUAUGGGAUUUCGAGCAUUCCGGUUGCUGAUAAACCUACUCCAGUUAGAGUUUCCUCAUUAUUAACUUCUCGACACUUGUCCCAAAGAAGGAUUCGGUUGCCAGCAAGGAAGUAUCAUCCAAAAAGUGAUGGUCCAAAGGUACCAUUUUUUGGUGAUGAUGAAGAGGUGCCUGGCACACCAAAGGCGGAUGCUCUUUUUAUCCCAAGAGAAAAUCCAAGAGCACUAGUUAUUCGGCCCACAGACCAGUGGCCCUCAAGAACCAGUAUAGAGAAAUUGUCUUUACUCAAGGAGGCGAAUGGCUCUCUCCAUGAGGAAAAUGGAAAAGCAUCUGGAGAGGUGUCUGCUCCUUCCACAAAUGGCUUUAUAUCCCAGGAUAAAGAUAAGAAUUUUGCUGAAAAUGGUGCAGUCAAAGUCAAAAUAAAUCAGAAGCCAAAUGGCUCACAUGAUGAUAAUAACAUAGAAAGGGGGGAAUCAUACAUAACACUAACUGGGCACAGAGCUGGUGAGGCUGCAAUUGUAUAUGAGCAUGGUGCAGACAUCGAGGCACUGAUGCCAAAGCUCCGACAUUUUGAUUACUACACAGAACCCCGAAUCCAAGAGCUGGCAGCCAAGGAAAGGGCCGAGCCAGGGUUCUGCCGCCGGGUGAAAGAUUUUGUGAUUGGAAGGCAUGGCUAUGGCAGCAUCAAGUUCAUGGGUGAGACUGAUGUAAGACGGCUUGAUCUUGAAUCCCUUGUCCAGUUUAAUAAUCGGGAGGUGAUUGUAUAUCUCGAUGAAAGCAAGAAGCCACCAGUAGGACAAGGCCUUAACAAACCUGCUGAAGUAACUCUUCUCAACAUAAAAUGCUUCGACAAAAAGACAGGAAAGCAGUAUACAGAAGGGCCAAGAGUAGAAAAGUACAAGGAGAUGCUAGUGAAGAAGGCCCGAGACCAAGGUGCAGAGUUUGUGUCCUAUGACCCUGUCAAAGGGGAAUGGAAGUUCAGGGUCAAUCACUUCAGUGGAUACAAGCUCGGUGAUGAAGAUGGUGAAUUUGACGUGCAUUCUGGGACGGAUUGUUGAUGGUACAAGUAAAGUUGGUGUUUUAAAGAUGUGGUUUAUGGAUAGAAGCUUUGUAGUUGCCAUUGGAAGCUGAAGAUGGUUUUGUAUAGCAGCCAAGGAAUGGAUUUACCUGAAUUGUCUUUGAGUGCUGUGGCUUGGCACAUGUAUUUGUGUUAUUUUGAUUUUUUUUUUUUUGACUUCAAGGAGUUUGUACCGGUUAGUAGGGUUUUUUUCCCCCAUAUUUCAGUUCCUUUUUGUGUUUCUGUUUUC